CAUGUUUUUAUCCAGUGCAGGUUUUCCAAUUUUAUAUGGAGUGCCCUCUCUGUCCAAUUGGGAGUUCAGCUAAUUGCACAGGAGGAACCUUUCACAAGAUUCAUGAGGUUGGUGAGAGCUUUUAAGCUUCCUACAGUUUGUCAUUCUUUAAGAAGGGGUUUAGCAUUAUUGGUCUUCUGGCAGAUAUGGAAAGAGAGAUGCAGGAGAUUAUUUGAUGACCAGAGAUUGCCUGCUACUGCAUUGGUCAGGAUUAUACUACAUUUUCUAAAGUUGCAGGUGCAUAACAUUCAACCUAAGGCUAUGGACUCAAAUCAAGACUUGGAAAUCCUUCAGUCCUUAAGCAUUUUUAAAACUGGUACUUUUAGGAUACAAACAUGGUGGAUAGCUUGGACUCACCCAGCUAUGGCAUCCUCAAGCUUAAUAUUGAUGGAGCAUCUAAAGGGAAUCCAGGACGGUCUGGAGGAGGGGCAAUUCUUCGGAAUUCAGAUGGCCAAAUGGUUCUUGCUGGAUCUUAUUUCUAUGGCAUUUGUACUAAUAUGGAGGCAGAGAUUAGGGCCCUUUUGAAUGGUAUUAGCCUGAUGCAGGAAUAUGGUCUUCAAGAUUAUUCAUUGAUUAUUGAAACUGACUCGAAACUUCUGGUGGAUAUGGUCAACAAAAGGUUAAGAUUUCUUGGAAAUUUUGGAGUUUAUUUGACCAAAUUCACUCUAUUUUACAGAUUCUUACAUUUGAAAUCCAACAUUCAUAUCGUGAAGGAAAUAAGGUUGCAGAUUCAUUGGCAAAUCAGGGGGUUACAGAGAGGGGAUCUUGUGUCUAUGAAUCUACGGGAGAUCUUCCAGUCUAUACUAGACUACUCAUGCAGCAGGAUAUCAGAAACAUUCAAUGUUUAAGGAAGCGUUUCAAGAGAAUCUUAUAAAGACAGAAGCAACUAAAUAAAUUUCAGAACUUUUCAUGUUCAUGUUCAUGUUCAGAUCGAGUUUAUGUUCAUCACAUGCAUAAUUCAAAAAGGGUAUGCUAAAUACCUCUUUUGCUCUUCUUCGAGCAGUGACAGGCCUUCAUCUUUCUCCAAGGAAGUCAGAAACGAUCUUUUCCUCUGCCCUGAUUUGAUAGGGAUGGUCAUACUGUAUCUUCAUCAGGUGCGGAGGAUGCCCUCUGUUGUGGAACACAGACGUAUCAAUUCUGCUGGUCUCCCCAUCGAAUCUGGAAAG